AUGCUGUCCUCCGUCCAACUCCCGGAGCGCCUGGAAGUACCCAUCCCCGAGGGUGCCUCCCUGUUCGGGAGGACUAGGCGCGGCCUGCGCCUCACGGCCCUGCCCUCCGGCCAGCCGCUCUGGGAGCGCGGGCUGGACCCCGGCACCCGCAGCUCGGGCCUGUUCCUCGUCAGCCGGGAGCAGGCGGUGAUCGUGAGGAUGGGCGAGGUGCUGCAGGUGCUGGACCUGGACUCCAGGAACGGGACGUACGCGGGGACUGAGGGCCCGCGGCUGAGGUUGGAGGCGCGCGUGGUGCGCAGCGGGGAGGUCGUUGGCUUCGGGGGCCCUGUCGGCGAGACUCCGUUCGCUUUCGUGUGGGAGGCGCAGGUGGGGAGCGCCGGCAUGGAGGUGAUCGACCUCACGGGUGAGGACUGCGAGGCACCAAACACUGAGGACUGCGAGGCCUGCCCAGCUCAGCACGACCAAGCCCAGUCGCCCACCCCUCCCAAACCUGGGUCCAUCAAUGUGAAUGGCCUCUGCGAUGACCUUCGGGAAGACUUGCAGUGCACCAUCUGUAUGGAUUGGCUGGUGGGUGCUCACAGGCUUUGCUGUGGCCACGUCUUCUGCGCCCAAUGCCUGUUACAGUGGCUGCAGCAGAACCUGGCUAGGAUGCCCUGUCCAACUUGUCGAAAGCUGGUCACUGCAGUGCCGGUUCCUGACAGGGUGCUGGAUAGCGUGGUGGAGAGCAUGCUGCAGCGGAAAGCGAUGCCCACAGAUGAGCGGAAUACUCUCCAGGAGAGGCUGGAGAAGUGGUGGAGGGAGGAGGUUGUGUUGAAGCUCAUGAUGCCGUGCACGAAUAGAAGUCAAGAAGUACAGCGGCGAUAUGCCAAGCAUCAAUUUGAAACGAGGCACACCAGUACGGGUGCGAUACUGCAAGCUUUCUGCUGUCCAUGCUCAGGGUUGUGUUAUGUGUUCUCUCAGAAACCCAAUAUGGAGUUGUGUUGGCAUGUCCUGUUUCAGCCAGCGAACUCCCAGCCACCCAGCCAACUGAACAUGCGGCCCACCCCAUCGCCACAGAUGGCCCGUGGGGCUGCCCGUCAUGCAGCAGGUGGCAGGGCUCCAGUACAUGGGAGGGGUAGACAGGUGCCAUCGGCAGGCCGGGUUAGACAGGCACCAUCGGCAGGCCGGGGCAGACAGGGGCCAUCGGCAGGCCGGGGUAGACAUGCACCACUGGCAGGCAGGGGUUGA